AUGUUUGGGCCACGCUUCAUUUUGCGCACGACCUCUGUUCCCCGUACGGGAAGCAUUGACUACAUGUAUGCCGGUUUAAAAGGCGCAGAUGGCGCAAAGGACAUCAUCGCCGCUAUCCUAGAUCGUCGCAAUAAUGAUAUCUCUCAACUCAUCCUAAGCCAUAACAGCCUGGCAGAUGAUGGAUGUACACUCUUGUUUGAAUUCUUGGCCUCGGAUGCUGGUCGUAAAUACCGCAUACAGAAGAUCAGCCUGAAUUCGAACGGGAUUAGAGACCGCGGGCUCGCUUCAAUUGUCACUUUCUUGAAAGGAGACACUAGCCUGAAGGAGUUGUUCGUGCAAAAUAACGAAUUUGCUUGCACGGAUCCGUCCCUCGCAAAGUCUUUCGCGGAGGCAACGAACCUUUCAUGUCUAGAAGUCUUGACCCUUUCCACUAAUCGCCAUUUGGGCGACCAAUUCAUAACCGACUACGCUCCAUUCCUGGAUUCCCCUUCGUUGAGGGAGCUCCAUUGCUCCGCUAUGGGAAUCACCCAUCGAUCUGUUCCCAUUCUUGUAGAAUAUUUCUCUUCUCCCUGCUGCCGUCUCGAAACCGUCAAACUCAACGGUAAUUCCCUCGGGUUUCGUGGUGUACGCUCGGUGAUUCGAGCGAUCGAGCAGCAUAAUUAUACUCUCACAUCGGUAGAGAUGUGGUCGAAUAAUGGGCCUGGAAGCGAAGUGGAUAAUAAUGUUACGCAAGAUGAAGACGACGAUUUCCCGACCCACGGUACUUGGCAAGAAAAUAACGCGGCAUUAAUUCCGAUUAUGCAGCGCAAUGAUCAUUUAGGGAAGGCAACGCGCAAGGAAGCACUGGAAUUGCUACGCCUCGCACGAACCCUUCUUCUGCCUUCUCAUCGCAUCGAUCCAUCGCUCGCAGUAUUUCCCUUCACACAGCUUCCCACGGAGCUGCAAAUAUAUGUGCUCGCCUUCUUGUCGCCUACUCUGUCCUCCUCUCAGCGCCAUCGGAUCUGCGCGUAUGCAUCUUCCUUUGCGACAUUACCCCGUCGUUAUGAACUGCCUGGAAAUCCGUCUACAUCUUCGUCUCACACUAAUGCAGCAUCAACCGCCGCGAAGGGGAAGUUGAAAUUAUUAAACUCUCUGGGGUGUUACUUUUAUGAGCGAGAAGUAUCGUAA